UACGCUUAUUGCACCAUCAGGCAGAAAGAGAGACUACUGUUACGUUACGAAAGCUAUUUUUGUCCGUUUUCGGUUAUAAAAUGUCAUACACGUCACCAAUAGGCAUAGUUUGAGAUCAGAUAAGGACAAAGUCAGAACUUAAAAACUUCGUUACGGCACAAAACAGGACCCAUGCCUAGCUGUGUUAUGGAUCAUAUUCAAAAUCAAAUUGACCAUGAUUUGUGCCCCGUUUGCCACGAGGCCGUGGAUAUUUUUGCCAUCGGUCAUUGCGAUCAUCCGAUAUGUUACCGAUGUUCAACCAGAAUGCGUGUUCUCUGUGAACACAUGUACUGUCCCAUAUGUAGAACUGACUUAAAUCAGGUAUACAUGGUACACAAAAGACUGAAGAAUUCUGACAUUCCUCGAAAAGGUUUCAUCCCAAAUAGAAAGUACAAAAUAUUUUUUGAAGAUAGUCAAAUUCAGAAGAAGUUUGAAAAACUCAAUGAGCAUCGAUGUUCUAAAUGCAACCUUUUAGAAAGGAACCUAAAAGCAUUGCAGCAACAUCUCUCCAAGACUCAUACCUUGUUUUUCUGUGCCCUGUGUCUGGAGCACUUGAAGAUAUUCCCAUCUGAGAGAAAGCCGUACACCCGACAAGAGCUAGCACUGCAUCGUCGCCAAGGAGACAAAGAUGACACCUCCUACAAAGGGCAUCCUCUUUGUCGCUUCUGUGAUGAACGGUACAUGGACAACGAUGAACUUUUCAAACAUCUGAGAAAAGACCACUACUACUGUCACUUCUGUGAAUCUGAUGGCAGUCAGGAUUACUACAGUGAUUAUGCAGAUCUUAAAGAUCACUUCAAGGCUAAGCACUAUUUGUGCGAGGAAGGAGACUGUGCCAAUACCCAGUUCACACAUGCCUUUAGGUCAAGGAUAGACUUUCAAGCUCAUCAGGCAAAUUCGCACUCUCGUUUAAUGUCAAAGACACAAGCUAAGCAAGCCAGGACUAUUGAAGUGGAUAUUCAACUUGCUCCCAGGAACAGAAGAAGAGACAAAGGGAUAGUGACAGCUGACGACUAUGAGGAGGUGAAAGCCCCACGGAGUGGAGCACAGGGAAGAGGCCAGGGGAGAUCAGUGAAGGAAAGGUUCAGGGAUGAAGAUAUGAAUCGUGCAAUUCAGGCGUCUUUGAGUGUCAUGUCUGAGGAAAAAAUGAAGAAGACAAAACCAGUGGAGGAGGAGGAAGAGAGAAAAACACCUUCCCCGGAUCUGUUACAGGACACGGAGCACUUCCCUACCCUAGGGAAAAUGAAAGAGGAGGGUAAAACAGUUUUAAGAUCUGAUUCCCCUGCAAAUGUAGACUCUGAUUCAGAGAAAUCCAGUCGGUCUCUAGCUCAGAGGUUGGCUAAAAAUUCUAAUCAGUCCGUGCAGCAUGGAGCAAUGGCAGAGGAAGAUUUCCCAUCUCUUUUAAAUUUCGUAAAACCUUCACAACCAGAAGCCAAAGCUAAUCCUUUGAAAGCAUCGAAACCUUUACAGAAUGCUUCCAAACCUAUACAAAAUACGUACAUCGAUGUAUCAAAGUCGAGACCUGCAGCAGACGACUUUCCAAGUCUGCCUUCUAGUAAAGCAAAUAGAGCAUCAUCUGGACCAAGUAAUAUGUGGGGCAAAAAGACAAAUCCAGUUGGAAAAAGCACUAAUAUCACUAAUUCUGUCUCAAGUAGAUUACCUAUGGAGGUCAUAAUGAAUGAUGGAUCAGCCAACCAGAGUGAAAUCAAGAAAGAGAAACCAAGAACCACUAGAAAUCAGACAUUUAACUCUGAAAAUGAUUUUCCCACCUUAUCAACUGGGGUUGAUAACCGCAAUACCAAUUGGUUAAAGAAUGUAAUGGACAGCUCUAAAAAGAAAGUGAAAAGUGAAAGUCCUAUCGAUUGGUUUGAAGUGACAAAUGACCAGGAUGAAUUUAAGAUUGAAAAUUUCAGUGGGGAUAAAGAUAACAAACAAUUAAUUUCAGAAACUUUUAAAGAGACUAAGAAGAAGAAAAAGAUUAACAAAAAGGGGAAAUCUGGUAAUGAUAAUAAGUCUGGUAGUGAUGUUAGCAGUGGCACUGCUUCCUUGGAUAAUAUAGCAACAUCUCUACUUGGAACUCUAUCAAUAGAGCCUGAAAAGAAAAAAGUUCAGAAAACAGAGAAAAAAGUUCCAAUCAAAGAAGAUGUGCGUGUUGUCACUGAAUCUGACAAAUCACGUCAAAACCAAUUUACCUCAGACUCAAAUGAUAAAUUAGUUUCUUCUGUGAAAGAAGAGGCUCUUGAAGAGAAGGAAUUUAUUCCAGUGAAGACAACAGAGAACAGAUUUGACAAACUUAAUCAUGUUGAAGAGUCAGACUUUCCUGCUUUGGAGCAAAAGGUAGAGAAAGGAUUUUUGCCAGUCAAGGCAAAGGGGAAGAAAAACACCAAACUGGAUUCUUCAGACUUUCCUGCAUUAUCUGCGCCUGUAAAAGGACCUCCUCCUGGCUUCGUGAAAACUAAAAGCAAGCCUCCACCAGGGUUUGACACUUCACAGACUCUUUCUUCUGGUCCACUAUCACCGCCUCCAGGGUUUGCUGUCAUGAAAGAUCUCAGUCUGAAAAACUUGAUGGAUACUGUUUCUAAUGGAAAUGAUGAUUUCAGUUAUGCAACAAAAACAGAGAGCUAUCAUUAUAAAGAACCAGAGGACUUCCAGUCAAGAAACAAGGCACUAGUGAUGAAAAUCAAAGAAGUGUUUCAAGGGAAUGAUGACAAGUUUAUCAAAUUCAAGUCUUGUUCAAGUGAUUUCAGGGGAGGAAAUUUACCUGCUUUAGACUAUUACAACACAUGUCGUGAAUUGAUUGGAACUGCAAAUUUCAAAGAAAUCUUUUCAGAACUUUUGGUGUUGCUACCUGACAUCAAGAAGCAACAAGAACUUCUAACCGCACACAACACGAGUGAGAAAUCAAGACCCGGUGCCGAGAUUGUGUUAAAUAUCAGUGGUAAAGGAAGCACUGCUCCAUGGAAGAGCCCGAACUUUGUUCCAUGUCCCACUUGUAGCCAAAUUCUUCUACAGGAAGAUCUCAAUCAACACGCAUCUAGUCAUGCUGUGGAUACAGAUUAUCCUACUCUUAGUUCUCAGGUGACCUCCUCUCAGGGACCUGGCUUAAGAGCCUGGAUCAAGGCCAGUUAAUUAAGUGAAAGAUUGGAGCUGGAUAGAUUUCCAAACUACUGGUUGUUAUAUGCAAUGUUAUAUCACAAUGUAAAGUGUGAAAUCAAUUUCAACAGAUUUUUAAUCAUGAUUAUACACUGGUAGGGUUACAUUUUGAAAAGAGUAGAAAAUUUCAAAUUUUAUUUAUUUUGUGUUUUUAAAAAACACUUGUACAAACAUGAACAGCAAUGUAAGAAUUUUAUUUGAAAUAUGAUUAAUUUAACAUAUUAUUCCAUAUUUGAUAUUCGACCUAUUACUGAAGUCUCUGUAGGCACAUAGAUAUAGAAUCCGUUUUACUGUUCAUGCUGUUUGAAUUGACUUGUAUCAUCUUGUACCAUUUUGCAAAUUGUUUUUUUUAUUCAGAUACAUGCAUCUUCCUUCAAUUUCAAAUCAAUGAAGUAAAUUUAUGUUUUCUGAUUGUUUGAAUUGUUACCCGUACUCUGUUACCUCCCCAUGAAUAGGUUUAUAUAUUGAACCAAUUCCUAUUUUUCCUCCCCAUGAACAGAUUUAUAUAUUGAACUAAUUCCAAUUUUUCAUUAAUUGUUUUGUGAUAUGCCUAAUGUACAUUAUAAGUUAUCCUUUCUUUGUCAAUAUCCAAGGAAAAGUUUUCAUAUUACUUUAAUAAGAAAAAUACAUUGGAAAAUAGUUCAUCAGCACCACAGGUUUCAUGCUUUCUCUGUUUGGUUUUGUUCCCUUUGGUUAUUGUGAUAAAUGAAAUGUAGAACUUAUGUCUCAGAUAGCUGUAUACAAGAACCUCAGUCAGCAAAUGUGUAAUGCACAUAUAUUGCAAUAUAUAUGUAUUUUAAUUAAUCUACAAAUUUUCGUUCAAUAAACUGGUGUGAAGAUUGAUGUCCACAUGUUUUAGUUUUACAACAAGGAUUGUUAUAGUGGACUAAUGCUUGGAUAAUAAUAAUUAAGUGUGGUGGAUUUCAGAUUUUUAAUUUGUGCUCUUCUCUUCAAAAUUCUUAGACGUGUCACCAUUAUUCAUUCAUUAAUCUGGUGGUCAAUAUAUUAUGUCACAUGCUCCAAAGCUUGUAGAAUGAUAAUGAAUUAAAUUCCUUGAUAAUUUU